GCGAACAUCUGCCCGCCUUCAGAUUCGAUCAGAGUAGCAUGGGAGCGGACUAUUUUCUUUCUCCCACGAGGGAUCCACUCGCAGCCCGCGGCGCAGAAAGACACCGGACCACGCCAGCCCACCGCGGAAUGGGGGCGGGCGCAGCGGCCGUUUUUGGCGCUGCAGAUGCGAUGAGAUGAGAAUCUGUACGCAUGUGGUCUUGUGCAUCGGUGCCGGGCUGGUGGGCUUCCAAACGAGGCGUUUGGUGAUGAUGAACGCGGGCAAGGCGCACUGCGCGGUGUUGCCGCGGCUGCCGACGCUGGCGUCCAUGGGCUUUGAGGGUUCGAGUGUUGCCAAGGACGAGGUUCCGGAGCUGGUCAAGGGGAGCUUUCUGAAGCGAGUGCCUGAGGAGCAGGUCGUCCUCCAACUUCCACCACCCUUCCUCUGCGAUCCCUUCGAGCACGUGAUAGUGAUCAACCUGGAAGAUGACCGUGGCAAAGGCCGCAGAGAUCACAUGGUCCGUGAGUUCGAGAAGGCUGGGGUGAAGAAGUACAACUUCUUUCCAGCAGUGGACUUCAAGAAGGACGAUCAGCUGAAUCGGGAACUGAAGAACAUUUUGGGCCUUUGCACCAAUCCUGCACGUUGUCACAAUACCCUGGGUUGCGCCAUGAGCCAUCGACGGGUCUAUGAGAAAGUCUUAGCCGAAGGCUGGCCCUGCGCCAUGGUGUUCGAGGACGACGCCGGGCUGGCGGGGAACUUCUCGCAGCGGCUGGGGGAAGCGGCGAUGGCCGGCAUGCCCAACUUCGACAUCAUGUUGCUGGGCUGGUGCCACACCAAGAAGGACAAAGGAGCGCACCCUCCGGAUCAGAGCAGUGUGCCCACCCUGAAGAAUGGAUGGCCCGGCAUGUGCAUUCAUGCAUAUGUCAUUAGCAUCUAUGGCGCGUUGAUGAUGAGCCAAGCCAACUCUCCGAUCCAGAUCACCCCCGAUGCGGUCAUGGAUGGUGCACACCACUUCCACAAUCGCACGCGGACGCACAUCAAUCGGCAUGGCAUGACUGGUGCCUAUUGGUUCACCGAUCCCCUCAUGGCUUGGCCACGUGGACAGAGGAAACUGCGACAGGAGGACAGGAAGAUAGAUCUUGGGUGAGUGGCAUCAGCACGGUAUGUGAAGAGCCUGAGGUAUAGAUCAUUUCAUGAAUGUCCAUGAUUUUUUUGCCUCUCUCUCUCUCUCUUUGUGCAGGGUUCAUACAUGAACAGCUCCUGCAACAUGCUACUUCCCCGCGGGGCGGACUCACGACGGCAGGGUUUCGGCGAGAGAAGAAAUUGAGUUCCUAGGGAGUCUCCCCCCAAAAAAACAGCGACUUGUUCAGGGAAGAAGGUCUUUUUGUAGCUGAGACACUUCAGUAAUUAGAGUCCAUUAGACUCGGCUUGACGACUAGACUCGGCUUUACGCACGUGGAGGACGGGCGACGCCAUAGGGAUAUGUCUUUUUUGAAGGUGAAUCUCCACCGAACUCGAUCAGCUCGCAUGUCCUUGUGGGGAACAUUGAAAGACAUUGAGCAUCGGAAGCGGAAGUUGGCUAGGUCGGACGAGGCCUCCUCUUCACUCCGGCUCAGCCGCUUCGGCACGUCGCACGGUGGGAGGGACGCUAGGGGCUCCACGGCGAAGCCGUGGACGGUGUGGAGAGAACGCCCUGGCCAACCUAAGAGGGAUGGCCAACCUCCUCGGCAGCGAGGCAAGACGUGGAUGCAGACAACCUGGGCGGUGGCGUCUGAAGAACAGGGCCGUCACGUCGACCGUCGCGCACGUCCCGUCACGUCGCACCGUCGCGCGGUUUCGCGAGCGAAAAAGGC